CAAGGUUGUGAACGACAAUGGCAUUCCUUGUGACCUUCCUGACGGUACUUUGUUUCAACCUGGUUUUAACUGAGGAUUUUCCAAAAUCAGAGCAUUGCGACGUCCCCGACAAAGCUCAGCUGGAAGAAAAGCUAAACAAACUAAUCCGGAAUCUCCCAAAGCAUCACUUUACCAACAAGACAAAAGUGGAAAUACUGCCUCGCGCCAUCUUUUUGGGAGAGGGAACUCUCUACAGCCUCGACCGCGUCGAGCAAGACAGACCCUACAAGACGUUUUGCCGCGGAACGGACACAAUCACUGUGUUCAGCGUCAGUUACAAGCACCAAUUGCGCAUGCACAUCCCCUGGAGGCUUUGUUCGGGACACAAUGGCACCAUAUUCUUUAACGCUGACCUUGUCAGGUUCGAGGGAGAGCUCGUGACAAGGAAGACAGAUGCCGGCACUGAAUAUAGAAUCAAGAAUGUAAUGCCGGUGGUUCUAGAAGACUUGACCUUGGGAUUGAGUGGCGGUGGAGAUACUGUGUCUGUGAUUGCUUAUGCGCUGGGAUUUAUGCUAUCGGGACUCCUUAGAAUUCAAUGGGUCCAAGGAAUAACACCUGUGGUCGAAAAUGCGUUUCAGCAAGCUCUUAGUGAAUUAAAUUAAUCCCUCUCGUGGCAGUGCUUCAAGAGUCAUCCACCCAUUCCGAGCACAAGCUGGUCUUACGGUACCUAUCAUGACGAUCAAUAUUUUGACGGCGUUUUUGUGCAUUAUCUAAAUAAAAUAAUCAACUUA